CAAAUGUUAUGAUUUUGCAAGGAAAUGGAGUUUGAUGUGUUUUUUGCAGCAACGUUCACGUAUGAAAGUGGUCCCUUACAGUAUGUGGAAUUUCCAAAGACAGAGGAACCCCUGUACAUCCUGGGGGGAGAAGUACAGUACGCUGUAUGACAUGGAGGACCUGAAACAUGACAUAGUGACAAGGCUGUGGUUUACAUACAGGAAGAACUUCGCACACAUAGGUGGUUCAGGCCCCAACUCAGACCAGGGAUGGGGCUGUAUGCUGAGAUGUGGGCAGAUGAUGCUGGCCCAAGCCCUGUGCAGCAGGCAUCUAGGAAGAGCAUGGAGGUGGGAGGCCAAGGAAGAUAACUCUGACUACUGGCGACUACUGAAGAUGUUCCAGGAUAAGAAGAGUAGUGUUUACUCCAUACAUCAGAUAGCCUCCAUGGGCGAGUCUGAGGGCAAGGCGAUUGGUCAGUGGUUCGGACCAAACACAAUAGCACAAGUACUCAAGAAGAUUGCUGUAUAUGAUGACUGGAGCUCGUUAGUUAUCCAUGUUGCUAUGGACAACACUGUGAUAGAAGAUGAUAUCAGGAAAUUAUGCAGGCUUUUGCCAGAAAAUGGCACGGAAUAUGUUGACAUGAACGGAUCAGACUCCAACGUCUUUCCCUCAACUCGGAGUUCCCGGAAGACACAGCCAUUCACGAUAAGUGGCAGCCUACAGACACAGCCGUUCUCACGGGGCGGCAGAACACAUUCCCCAGGGAGCAGUCAUUGUCUCGGUCGGUCGCCACCACGGAAACCUGUCAACUUGGACAAGUGGAAGCCCCUACUCCUUAUCAUUCCCCUCAGGUUGGGGCUGACAGACAUCAACCCUGUAUAUUUUGAUAGUUUAAAGAGCUGUCUUGCCUUGAAGCAGUCUGUGGGUAUCAUAGGAGGCAAGCCAAACCAUGCCCACUGGUUCAUAGGAUAUCUGGGUGAAGAGCUUGUUUAUCUUGAUCCCCACACAACACAACAAUACACUGACCUUGACCCCCGACUGGCCAAUGAUGACUCGUACCACUGCCCUUUCCCCAGUCGGAUGAGACUGAGUCAGCUCGACCCAUCGGUUGCUGUGGGGUUCUACUGUGGCACAGAGGAAGAGUUCACUGACCUGUGUCUGACAUUCAACAAGUUCAUCAUCAAGGCCAGCAAGACGCCCAUGUUUGAGUUGCACAAGGUCCGGCCUCCCCACUGGCCUCCAGUAGACACACCACCACGCAAUAGGACAACAUCAAACUCAGAUUUCACAGUGCUGGACAGUGCAGAAGGAGGGACCAAGUUCGACAGUGAAGAAGAAUUCGAAAUUUUAUAGGGACGUUUUAUCUGCAAGAAAACAAAGUAUUUUAUGGAGAGUCUUUAUGUUGAAUAUUUUAUGUGGCACCAUUGUUACAUAAACCUUUUAUUAUUGCAUGCAAUGCGAAAACAGCCAAAUAUUCACUGCAGAUGGGAGAAUAUAAAAUAACGUAGGAGGCACUUGUGUGUGAGACAGACGAGUUGCAGGACACUAUGUGAAA